AUGGGCCACUGCCAGGCGUUGCCUUGGAAACCAGAGCGCCAGAAAAGUCCUCUCCAUCGGGCUUUGUCAGGCCCAGGAAGAACUUCUCCGAGGCGCGGAGCAAGAGCCGACAGCGUGGGCUUUAGCAGCCUGCGCAAGCAGGUGCUUCCGGCGCUGCCGUUUCUUCCCCACAGCGUACAGCUGAGACAGCAACGGCGCAGGCGUCCACACAGACACCCCAGCCGCACCCUAGCACAGCUCUUCAUGGGGACACAGCAGACGCCCGACACGGAGCGUUUACACCUUAUAACAAGUUAUCCCAUUUCUUGGGAUGUCCAAACUGGUACAUGUUACCCUGCUGGUUUUGUGGAUGUCAUGAGCUUUGACAAGAUCAGAGAGAAUUUCUGCCUGACCUGUGACACCAAGGGUCACUUUGCUGUUCAUUGUAUUAUACCUGAGGAAGCCAAGUACAAGUUGUGCAAGGUGAGAAAGAUCUUAGUGGGCACAAAAGGAAUCCUUCAUUGCGUGACCCAUGAUGCUCCUACCAUUGGCUACCCUCAUACCCUCAUCAAGGUGAAGGGCACCAUUCCCACUGACCUGGAGGCUGGCAAGGUGACUGACAUCACCACAUCUGACACUAAUAGCCUGUGCAUGGUGCCUGGAGAUGCUACCCUGGGAAGAACUGGUGUGGUCACCAACAGAGAAAGACAUCCUGGUUCUUUUGAUGUGGUUGAUAUAAAUGACGCCAAUGGCAGCAGCUUUGCCACUCAGCUCGCCAACAUUUUCACUGGCAAAGGCAACAAGCCUUGGACUUCUCUUCAUCAAGGAAGGGGAAUCUGCCUCACCUUUGCUGAAGAGAGAGAUGGGAGACGGGCUGCCAGACAGAGCAGCGGGUGA